AUGGUUGCUGAAGAAUUCCCUCAUUUUGGAGAAUACAAUAGUUUUCAAGCAUGUUCCCGGAUGUUCUCCAACCUAAACGCAUCCGGAACUCGGACCUCCAGCCAGGACCAAAGUGCAGAACCCACCCCAACCAGCCCACCAGCCGACACGGCCCCCAAAGAAGAACACCGACACCAAACCCACCCCAACCAGCCCACCAGCCGACACGGCCCCCAAAGAACACCGACCCCAACCAGCCCACCAGCCGACACGGCCCCCAAAGAAGAACAUCGUCAUCAAACCCACCCCAACCAGCCCACCAGCCGACACGGCCCCCAAAGAAGAACACCGACACCAAACCCACCCCAACCAGCCCACCAGCCGACACGGUCCCCAAAGAAGAACACCGACACCAAACCCACGCCAACCAGCCCACCAGCCGACACGGCCCCCAAAGAAGAACAUCGUCAUCAAACCCACCCCAACCAGCCCACCAGCCGACACGGCCCCCAAAGAAGAACACCGACACCAAACCCACCCCAACCAGCCCACCAGCCGUCACGGCCCCCAAAGAAGAACAUCGUCAUCAAACCCACCCCAACCAGCCCACCAGCCGACACGGCCCCCAAAGAAGAACAUCGUCAUCAAACCCACCCCAACCAGCCCACCAGCCGACACGGCCCCCAAAGAAGAACACCGACACCAAACCCACCCCAACCAGCCCACCAGCCGACACGGCCCCCAAAGAAGAACACCGACACCAAACCCACCCCAACCAGCCCACCAGCCGACACGGCCCCCAAAGAAGAACACCGACACCAAACCGACCCCAACCACCCCAACCAGCCCACCAGCCGACACGGCCCCCAAAGAAGAACACCGACACCAAACCCACCCCAACCAGCCCACCAGCCGACACGGCCCCCAAAGAAGAACACCGACACCAAACCCACCCCAACCAGCCCACCAGCCGACACGGCCCCCAAAGAAGAACAUCGUCAUCAAACCCACCCCAACCAGCCCACCAGCCGACACGGCCCCCAAAGAAGAACACCGACACCAAACCCACCCCAACCAGCCCACCAGCCGACACGGCCCCCAAAGAAGAACACCGACACCAAACCCACCCCAACCAGCCCACCAGCCGACACGGCCCCCAAAGAAGAACAUCGUCAUCAAACCCACCCCAACCAGCCCACCAGCCGACACGGCCCCCAAAGAAGAACACCGACACCAAACCCACCCCAACCAGCCCACCAGCCGACACGACCCCCAAAGAAGAACACCGACACCAAACCCCCAAAGAAGAACAUCGUCAUCAAACCCACCCCAACCAGCCCACCAGCCGACACGGCCCCCAAAGAAGAACACCGACACCAAACCCACCCCAACCAGCCCACCAGCCGACACGGCCCCCAAAGAAGAACAUCGUCAUCAAACCCACCCCAACCAGCCCACCAGCCGACACGGCCCCCAAAGAAGAACACCGACACCAAACCCACCCCAACCAGCCCACCAGCCGACACGACCCCAACCAGCCCACCAGCCGACACGGCCCCCAAAGAAGAACACCGUCAUCAAACCCACCCCAACCAGCCCACCAGCCGACACGGCCCCCAAAGAAGAACACCGACACCAAACCCACCCCAACCAGCCCACCAGCCGACACGGCCCCCAAAGAAGAACACCGACACCAAACCCACCCCAACCAGCCCACCAGCCGACACGGCCCCCAAAGAAGAACAUCGUCAUCAAACCCACCCCAACCAGCCCACCAGCCGACACGGCCCCCAAAGAAGAACACCGACACCAAACCCACCCCAACCAGCCCACCAGCCGACACGGCCCCCAAAGAAGAACACCGACAUCAAACCCACCCCAACCAGCCCACCAGCCGACACGGCCCCCAAAGAAGAACAUCGUCAUCAAACCCACCCCAACCAGCCCACCAGCCGACACGGCCCCCAAAGAAGAACACCGACACCAAACCCACCCCAUCCAGCCCACCAGCCGACACGACCCCCAAAGAAGAACACCGACACCAAACCCACCCCAACCAGCCCACCAGCCGACACGGCCCCCAAAGAAGAACAUCGUCAUCAAACCCACCCCAACCAGCCCACCAGCCGACACGGCCCCCAAAGAAGAACACCGACACCAAACCCACCCCAACCAGCCCACCAGCCGACACGGCCCCCAAAGAAGAACACCGACAUCAAACCCACCCCAACCAGCCCACCAGCCGACACGGCCCCCAAAGAAGAACACCGACACCAAACCCACCCCAACCAGCCCACCAGCCGACACGGCCCCCACAGAAGAACACCGACACCAAACCGACCCCAACCAGCCCCCAGCCGACACGGCCCCCAAAGAAGAACACCGACACCAAACCCACCCCUACCAGUCCACCAGCCGACACGACCCCCAAAGAAGAACACCGACACCAAACCCACCCCAACCAGCCCACCAGCCGACACGGCCCCCAAAGAAGAACACCGACACCAAACCCACCCCAACCAGCCCACACGGCCCCCAAAGAAGAACAUCGUCAUCAAACCCACCCCAACCAGCCCACCAGCCGACACGGCCCCCAAAGAAGAACACCGACACCAAACCCACCCCAACCAGCCCACCAGCCGACACGGCCCCCAAAGAAGAACAUCGUCAUCAAACCCACCCCAACCAGCCCACCAGCCGACACGGCCCCCAAAGAAGAACACCGACACCAAACCCACCCCAACCAGCCCACCAGCCGACACGGCCCCCAAAGAAGAACACCGACACCAAACCGACCCCAACCAGCCCACCAGCCGACACGGCCCCCAAAGAAGAACACCGACACCAAACCGACCCCAACCAGCCCACCAGCCGACACGGCCCCCAAAGAAGAACACUGACACCAAACCCACCCCAACCAGCCCAACAGCCGACACGGCCCGCAAAGAAGAACACCGACCCCAACCAGCCCACCAGCCCACUAGCCGACACGGCCCCCAACAACCGACACCAAACCCACCCCAACCAGCCCACCAGCCGACACGGCCCCCAAAGAAGAACACCGACACCAAACCCCAACCACCCCAACCAGCCCACCAGCCGACACGGCCCCCAAAGAAGAACAUCGACACCAAACCCACCCCAACCAGGGCACCAGCCGACAAGGCCCCCAAAGAAGAACACCGACACCAAACCGACCCCAACCAGCCCACCAGCCGACACGGCCCCCAAAGAAGAAUACCGACACCAAACCCACCCCAAGCAGCCCACCAGCCGACACGGCCCCCAAAGAAGAACCCCGACACCAAACCCACCCCAACCAGCCCACCAGCCGACACGGCCCCCAAAGAAGAACACCGACACCAAACCGACCCCAACCAGCCCCCAGCCGACACGGCCCCCAAAGAAGAACACCGACACCAAACCCACCCCUACCAGUCCACCAGCCGACACGGGCACCAGCCGACAAGGCCCCCAAAGAAGAACACCGACAUCAAACCCACCCCAACCAGGGCACCAGCCGACAAGGCCCCCAAAGAAGAACACCGACACCAAACCCACCCCUACCAGUCCACCAGCCGACACGGCCCCCAAAGAAGAACACCGACAUCAAACCCACCUCAACCAGGGCACCAGCCGACAAGGCCCCCAAAGAAGAACACCGACCUCAAACCCACCCCAACCAGGGCACCAGCCGACACUGCCCCCAAAGGAGAACACCGACAUCAAACCCACCCUAACCAGGGCACCCGCCGACAAGGCCCCCAAAGAAGAACACCGACACCAAACCCACCCCAACCAGCCCACCAGCCGACACGGCCCCCAAAGAAGAACACCGACACCAAACCGACCCCAACCAGCCCACCAGCCGACACGGCCCCCAAAGAAGAACACCGACACCAAACCCACCCCAACCAGCCCACCAGCCGACACGGCCCCCAAAGAAGAACACCGACACCAAACCCACCCCAACCAGCCCACCAGCCGACACGGCCCCCAAAGAAGAACACCGACACCAAACCCACCCCAACCAGCCCACCAGCCGACACGAACCCCAAAGAAGAACACCGACACCAAACCAACCCGAACCAGCCCACCAGCCGACACGGCCCCCAAAGAAGAACACUGACACCAAACCCACCCCAACCAGCCCAACAGCCGACACGGCCCGCAAAGAACACCGACCCCAACCAGCCCACCAGCCCCAGCCGACACGGCCCCCAACAACCGACACCAAACCCACCCCAACCAGCCCACCAGCCGACACGGCCCCCAAAGAAGAACACCGACACCAAACCGACCCCAACCACCCCAACCAGCCCACCAGCCGACACGGCCCCCAAAGAAGAACAUCGACACCAAACCCACCCCAACCAGGGCACCAGCCGACAAGGCCCCCAAAGAAGAACACCGACACCAAACCGACCCCAACCAGCCCACCAGCCGACACAGCCCCCAAAGAAGAACACCGACACCAAACCCACCCCAACCAGCCCACCAGCCGACACGGCCCCCACAGAAGAACACCGACACCAAACCGACCCCAACCAGCCCCCAGCCGACACGGCCCCCAAAGAAGAACACCGACACCAAACCCACCCCUACCAGUCCACCAGCCGACACGGCCCCCAAAGAAGAACACCGACAUCAAACCCACCUCAACCAGGGCACCAGCCGACAAGGCCCCCAAAGAAGAACACCGACCUCAAACCCACCCCAACCAGGGCACCAGCCGACACUGCCCCCAAAGGAGAACACCGACAUCAAACCCACCCUAACCAGGGCACCAGCCGACAAGGCCCCCAAAGAAGAACACCGACAUCAAACCCACCCCAACCAGGGCACCAGCCGACAAGGCCCCCAAAGAAGAACACCGACAGCAAACCCACCCCUACCAGUCCACCAGCCGACACGGCCCCCAAAGAAGAACACCGACAUCAAACCCACCUCAACCAGGGCACCAGCCGACAAGGCCCCCAAAGAAGAACACCGACACCAAACCGACCCCAACCAGCCCACCAGCCGACACGGCCCCCAAAGAAGAAUACCGACACCAAACCCACCCCACCCCAAAGAAGAACACCGACACCAAACCCACCCCAACCAGCCCACCAGCCGACAUGGCCCCCAAAGAAGAACACCGACACCAAACCGACCCCAACCAGCCCCCAGCCGACACGGCCCCCAAAGAAGAACACCGACACCAAACCCACCCCUACCAGUCCACCAGCCGACACGGCCCCCAAAGAAGAACACCGACAUCAAACCCACCUCACCCCCAAAGAAGAACACCGACCUCAAACCCACCCCAACCAGGGCACCAGCCGACAAGGCCCCCAAAGAAGAACACCGACACCAAACCCACCCCUACCAGUCCACCAGCCGACACGGCCCCCAAAGAAGAACACCGACAUCAAACCCACCUCAACCAGGGCACCAGCCGACAAGGCCCCCAAAGAAGAACACCGACCUCAAACCCACCCCAACCAGGGCACCAGCCGACACUGCCCCCAAAGGAGAACACCGACAUCAAACCCACCCAAACCAGGGCACCCGCCGACAAGGCCCCCAAAGAAGAACACCGACAUCAAACCCACCCCAACCAGGGCACCAGCCGACAAGGCCCCCAAAGAAAAACACCGACAUCAAACCCACCCCAACCAGGGCACCAGCCGACAAGGCCCCCAAAGAAGAACACCGACAUCAAACCCACCCCUACCAGGGCACCAGCCAACAAGGCCCCCAAAGAAAAACACCGACAUCAAACCCACCCCAACCAGGGCACCAGCCGACACUGCCCCCAAAGAAAAACACCGACAUCAAACCCACCUCAACCAGGGCACCAGCCGACAAGGCCCCCAAAGAAGAACACCGACCUCAAACCCACCCCAACCAGGGCACCAGCCGACAAGGCCCCCAAAGAAGAACACCGACACCAAACCCACCCCUACCAGUCCACCAGCCGACACGGCCCCCAAAGAAGAACACCGACAUCAAACCCACCUCAACCAGGGCACCAGCCGACAAGGCCCCCAAAGAAGAACACCGACCUCAAACCCACCCCAACCAGGGCACCAGCCGACACUGCCCCCAAAGGAGAACACCGACAUCAAACCCACCCUAACCAGGGCACCCGCCGACAAGGCCCCCAAAGAAGAACACCGACAUCAAACCCACCCCAACCAGGGCACCAGCCGACAAGGCCCCCAAAGAAAAACACCGACAUCAAACCCACCCCAACCAGGGCACCAGCCGACAAGGCCCCCAAAGAAGAACACCGACAUCAAACCCACCCCUACCAGGGCACCAGCCAACAAGGCCCCCAAAGAAAAACACCGACAUCAAACCCACCCCAACCAGGGCACCAGCCGACACUGCCCCCAAAGAAAAACACCGACAUCAAACCCACCCCAACCAGGGCACCAGAGCAGGCCCUACUUUUAG